ACCACUGCACAGCAAACGACUGAACGUCUCACAUUCAACUUCCGCAGCUAUGGCUUCUCUCUCAACCGCCGCCGCCGCCGCCGCCGCCGCUACUCGCUUUCUUCCUUCAGCCUCCACCUCCGCCGCCAGGCUCUCCUACCGCCCCUCCGUCUCUCUCGGUUCCCUCAGAUCGUCGCCUCUCCUCUCGCGCAUUUUCCUUCCCCAGAAGAGCACCGCGCGGCGGUUAUCGACUGGCAGAAUUGGCUAUUCGACUGCGCCGCCGCCGAAAUGCGCGGCGUCGGACCCCGAUCAGCUGAAGAGUGCGCGUGAGGAUAUCAAAGAGCUUCUGAAGACUAAGUUCUGUCAUCCUAUACUGGUUCGGCUAGGUUGGCAUGAUGCGGGUACAUAUAACAAGAACAUUGAGGAGUGGCCGCAAAGGGGUGGUGCUAAUGGAAGUUUAAGAUUUGAAAUAGAACUGAAACAUGGAGCAAAUGCUGGUCUUGUCAAUGCUCUUAAGCUUCUUCAGCCCAUCAAGGACAAGUAUUCCAAUGUGACAUAUGCAGACUUAUUUCAAUUGGCUAGUGCUACUGCUAUAGAGGAAGCUGGGGGCCCCAAGAUUCCUAUGAAGUAUGGAAGAGUAGAUGUAUCUGGACCUGAACAAUGCCCUGAAGAAGGAAGGCUCCCUGAUGCUGGCCCACCUUCCCCUGCUUCACAUUUACGUGAUGUCUUCUACAGAAUGGGCUUGAACGAUAAGGAAAUAGUUGCUCUUUCUGGUGCACACACUCUUGGAAGAUCACGCCCGGAUCGCAGUGGAUGGGGUAAACCAGAGACCAAAUACACGAAAGACGGGCCAGGGGCCCCUGGAGGACAAUCAUGGACAGCACAGUGGCUAAAAUUUGAUAAUUCCUACUUCAAGGAUAUUAAAGAGAGAAGAGAUGAGGAUCUGCUAGUUCUACCUACUGAUGCAGUCCUAUUUGAAGAUCCUUCAUUCAAGGAAUAUUCGGAGAAGUAUGCUGCAGACCAAGAUGCAUUUUUUAAAGAUUAUGCUGAGGCCCAUGCGAAGCUGAGCAAUCUUGGAGCUAAAUUUGACCCAGCUGAGGGGUUCUCGCUAGAUGACAGUCCUGCAAAAGGUCAGCCAGAGAAAUUUGUAGCAGCCAAGUACUCAACGGGAAAGGACUAAAACUGAAUACAAGUAUCUACUAUUAGUAUGUUGUUACGAAUAAUAACACGAGUGAGCAACCGUGUGAACAGCAUAACUAAAAUCUGGAAGUUUUAAUGGAGAAGAAUAAAUUCAAUGAGUGUUAUAUUUGGAUUGCAGAGAGAACUCUCGGAUGCUAUGAAACAAAAGAUUAGAGCGGAGUACGAAGGCUUUGGAGGGUCUCCAGAUAAGCCUCUCCAAUCAAACUAUUUCCUUAAUAUCAUGAUUGUGGUUGCUGUUUUGGCAUUGGUUUCGUCUUUGAUUGUGAACUGAAAACGGGUUUGGUGUUUCUUAUAGAAGGAAGAUACACAUUUUUCUCUUA